CUGCUUUUUGAAUCCGCGGCGUUGUUAUUGACGCCAUAUUGCUGGUGUGGGAGUCAGGGAGUGAAGUGCUGCUGCCGCCGGGGCCUCAUCGCCAUCGCUCGUCAUCGGCGGCCCCGGACCGGGUAACAGGACCCGGGCCCGCGCCCCUCGGCCAAGCUUCUAGCCCGCUACCAGCUGCGGGCGGAAUUAGCCCGGCUAGGGCAGGGCGGGCGGCGAGAGCGGAGAUCCAGCCGGCCGAGCCGGAGCUGCUGGCGGGGCCGGGACCGCUCCCCAGAGAGAGGCCGACAGGGAGGCGGUGGAGGCCCUGACGCAGCUGCCCCCUCCUUUCCCUGCCGCCCUCCUUUCCCUCCCCCCCUGCCCGCCCCAGACAGCGGGGAAGGCGCGUCUGGGCAGGGCCGGCUGCUGCCACCACCACCACAGCCGCCGUCGUCUCCCUUGCCUCUCGCUCUGAGCCCCCUUCCUCCGCCCCGCCGCCGCCCUGCGCCAUGGCUUGCGGCGCCACUUUGAAAAGGACUCUGGAUUUCGACCCGCUGCUGAGCCCGACGUCCCCGAAGCGGAGGCGAUGUGCGCCAUUGUCAGCCCCGGCCUCGGCCGCUGCCUCCUCCUUCGCCGCCGCCUCCCCGCAGAAAUACCUGCGCAUGGAGCCCUCGCCCUUCGGAGAGGUGUCGUCCCGGCUCACCACAGAACAAAUUCUGAACAACAUAAAACAGGAGUACAAACGCAUGCAGAAGAGGAGACACUUAGAAAAUACCUUCCAGCAGACAGAUCCAUGUUGUUCUACUGAUGCACAGCCACAUGCAUUUCUCCUUACUGGACCAGCUUUGCCAGGUACUUCAUCUGCAGCCUCAUCACCAUUGAAAAAAGAACAGCCCCUGUUUACUCUCAGACAAGUCGGAAUGAUCUGUGAACGCUUGCUGAAAGAACGUGAAGAGAAAAUCCGUGAAGAGUAUGAAGAAAUUUUGACCACAAAACUUGCAGAACAAUACGACGCAUUUGUGAAGUUCACGCAUGAUCAAAUCAUGCGACGAUAUGGAGAACAGCCUGCCAGUUACGUUUCAUGAAUCACACUUUCUGCAUAUGUGGGCUGCCCUAUACACCCUGUUUUAUUGUUGCAAGCUGUCCCAGUAAAGACUUGCAGCAAUGCCAUAUUUUUUCCCCCUGUGAACACAGGUUAUUUCAAGCUUUUGUCAGUGGCAACCACUCUUAUGCAGCAACUGGUUUUGGAGUGCUCCCUGAUGUCAGUACCACCUGGAUGUGGACCUUUGCUACCUGUAAUAAUACCAGUGGCCUCAUUUGCUGUAUCAUUACAAUUUGGCUUCUUAUGUUGAUAAGUUUGAAAAAGUUAAAGGUUUAAAGCUGGUGUUCUAGAAGUUGCCCUUCACUGGUUGUGUAAAUAAAAUUGUAGAAUGACACUUCUGACUGAAGUUAGUGUGAUUUUCAUAACUGUGCACUACAACAAAGCUGUAAUCACAGUUAAGUUAGAAUGUAAUCCCAGGACAAUUUUAAGCAAAUAGCCCACAGUACUGCCUGUGAAAUAGUGAAGGAGGGCAUUUCUGUAUUCCAUGACUUUUUUGGGGGUUAAGAAUGGGUUUAUAUGAUUUCUCAUUUUUGUAGUUUUUAUUUAUUCUAUCAGUCUUUAACAAAUGUUUAUUGCUGCAAUUUUUCAGUGUAUCAUUGUUUUACUGCCCUUGUAGUACUGGAAUUUAGUUGGAAGAAUAAAACAUUUACUUCUAA